AAAAUGAUCUGAAACUGUAAAUUGAAUGAUAUGUGAAGUCAGUUCUUGCUGAAAAUUGAAAAAUUCUACCGGUGGCUUGGCUUCACUGCUGAUCUUGCCUAGGAGUGCUGAUUUUCUCUCGACUGCCUUCAAACCCUCUUAUGGACACAGACGAAGAUCAACGAGUGGUUCCGUUCCAGCUUCAAUUUGACAAACCUAUUCCAUUUCAGAUUAAAAUAGCAGAAUGGAACCCGGAGAAGGAUUUACUGGCCAUGGCCACGGAAGAUUCCAAGAUUAUUCUGCACCGUUUCAAUUGGCAGCGACUGUGGACUAUAUCUCCAGGAAAAUGUAUAACAUCUUUAUGCUGGAGGCCUGAUGGUAAAGCAAUAGCGGCGGGGUUAGAAGAUGGGACCAUUUCAUUACAUGAUGUUGAAAAUGGCAAACUCUUGCGAAGCAGUAAGUCCCAUACUUCUGCUGUUGUGUCUCUUAACUGGGAGGAAGAUAGCACACAAAAUGAGGAUGACUGUAGUAGCUUUUCUGCAUAUGAAGAUAGAACAUCUCGUUUUUUCCCGCCUGCUCCAAGGGCUCCUCGGGUGCCUGGAAUUGCACUGGGUGAAGAUAAUGACGAACGAUCACACUGGGAGAUAUUGGAUUCUACUCAUCAACGGUUUAACAUCUUAUGCAGUGGGGAUAAAGAUGGAAGUAUUUGUUUUAGUUUAUUCGGCAUAUUUCCUAUAGGAAAAGUUAAUAUCCAUCAGUUUUCUCUUUGCAAUCCUCGUGUGGAUGAUAACGCCAGUUACCAACUUCUGAAUGGUUCAAUCAAUAAGGUGACUUUGGCAAAAGACUUGUGCCAUUUGAUAGUCAUGUGCUCAGGUGAGCUAUCCAGAGAUGGCAUUGAAUCAAGCAAAAGACUGCCUGUAAAUAAUUUUGGCUUAUGCUGCUUGGUGAUUGACACUUCAAUAUUCAAGAAGAGGAAAAACGAGCUUCACCAGGUAGCUCAACAGGCUUCCAGUAUUGAGGAUCUAACUGAAGUUAUUAGAGCAUCACUGUCAGUCAUGUUCAAGCAAUGGUCUGAUGCCAUGCAGACAUUUCAUAAUAAAUUUGAUUCCCUACCUAAAUUGAUUAGUGACCAUGGAUUAGACUCAACUCCUCAGGAGGAGUUUCUGAGCCUUUUAGGUGGUGCACGAACAAGCCCACCAGUUCAUCAAUUUCUAGUAAAUACUCUUGGUGAUCCGGGUCUCAAACGUGUGUCAAAGAGUCUAUGUGGUGCUGGAAAAGAGCUUCAGCUUAUUGUCCUAGAACACCUACAUCCUGCUACAGAAAUUAUCGGGUUUAGAAUGGGAGAACUUAGAGGGUUUUCAAAAUGGAGAGCACGUUUCCAAGCUAUUGGCUUGGAUGAACAGUUAAUCAGUAAUGCUACAGAGAAAGCUGGUUUGUUGCUCAUUCAAGUGGAAAGAUUUUUGGGAGUUUUAACCUCUGUGACACAAGAGUUCUCAAAUUUCUUCAGCUGGCUUCGGAAGUGUAUAAAGAUAUUGAUGUCUGAAGCAACUGAUCAGUUACCCACUUUCAGUAGUGAAUUAGUCAUAAUAUUUUUGAAGUUCCUCUAUGACCAAGAUCCUGUAAAGCAACUGAUUGAUUCGUCCGGGGCUGAUUACAAUAUUGAAGUUGAUUCAGAAACAGUGGAAAGACUGAAAGAGCUUGUCGUAUUCGGAGGAUUCUCUGAUACCAACUUCCUUCAAAGAACGCUGGCUAAGGAAUUUAUGCAGAUGGAAUCAUGCUUCAAGGAGGCAUUCGAGAUGCCUUUCUCCAUGAUUUCGAAAAAGUUACAGUUCAAAGAAUUUCUGCCUCUCUUUCCCAUUUCAUCUUCUCCAGAUUCAUUGCACUCCAGCUUUCCUGUAUCCAUAUCACACUACCAGGAAUCUUCGGAAGCCAUUUCAAGCUAUCCUUCAUGUCAACAAAGGGCGACAGAUUACAUCUCUUUCAGAAUACCAGAUGAUUCAAUGUCAAACAUCUCAAAUUGCAUCGGAAUCAUUAGGGGAUUCACGCAAAAUGACUGUCAAGAGAAUAAUUCUUCUCUUGAAGCCAUCUUGUUGUCUUUUCCUGACUACUAUGAUUGUGUUGACAUCUGCCUAUACAAGGACAGCCAAGUUGUUCUUCUGUUGAAUGAGAUGAAUGACAAUUCUGAAUGCUCGGGUAAUGGGUUUAUGGUGAUUAUGCAAAUGACUGAGCUUCCUUUUCAGCCUUUAUUAAGAUCUACUAUCACACAAUUUUGGACUGUGUCUGAAUUAAAGGACACAACUAUGUACCUGGAGCUGGAUAAUGAGAAAGUUCGAAGUAUUCCUCAUUCAGUUAUUGCUCCAUUGGCGGUUAGUGCAUCAAGAGGAGUGGCUUGUGUGUUUGGCAUUAGAAAACGAGCUUUGGUAUUUAUCUUGGAGGAAGAUGAAGAAGAAAUAUCAGAUGAGGAAUAAACAUUCUUUCUUUAUCAAUCACUGGUAUGUGGUAAAUGGUUCAAAAUGGUUUUAUUUAAACUUGGUUUUAUUUAUUGAGCCAUAAGUUCAGUCUUGUAAAAGAUUUGAUUGUUUUUAUAAUAGCUUCAAGGGAAAAGUUCAUCAAAAUAAUUGUUAUUUUCAAAUACAAAUCCUUCCUACAAGCUUUGCUUACAUUGAUAAUGGGGGGUGGGUUAAGACCCAGCAGAUGGCAAUGCUGCCAUGAAAGAGUUAUAGGAUGAUUCUAGGUCAAAGUGAAGCUGCCGGGACUGCUGCUCAGUCAGCUCAUCUGCUGCUCCCAUCUUGGACAACCUUCCAAUCCACUCUUUCAUCUUAAUUUUCCCUUCGAAAUCAGGAGGCAAGAUCGUAAGCUUGUUGAGCGAAGCCGAGAGGUCAGACAGCAAAGGAUGGAUUUGAUCAACAGCAAGCAUGUUGAGCUUCAACGAAUCCAUGGAAGUUAUAAAGUUCUGCACGCAUUCGGCGACAACAGGGGCGGAGGUAGUUGCAGACAUGGCGGCAGCGACCCUAUGCUCGACGGUGGCGGGGACACCUGAAAU